AUGGCUUUCACUACCUUCCACCCUUUCCCAAGGCUCCCAACUGAAUUGCGGAUGCAAAUCUGGGAUGCAGCGUGCCUCAGGCUACACCAAAACUUCCAAGCAGUCCACUACGUGACACUCGACAAAUACGCCGAAAUGGCUCCAUUAAAGCACAACUGGGACGACUCCAAACCACGAAACAAAUCAAUCUACCUCUGGCACGCUGGUCUUUGGACGGCUUGCCAAGAGUCAAGAGAAGUUGUCGCCAAACACUGGGGAAAGCAGCCGCGACCAUAUAAUGACGACGAAAUGUUGGACUGCUGCUCACUGGAAGAAUACAAUCACUAUGACCGUAUUUGGCCAGAGGAAGACGAGGGUUCAAGAGUCCUCAUGUUAUACUCUAGAGUCGAUGGCGAGCACUGGCGCCAGAUUAUUCACCCUAAACACGAUUUAUUCUGCAUUGUCGCAGAUGAUUGGGAGGACUCGGUUAGCAAAUUAACAUAUGUCUCUUCCUGGGGCAUUUUGUUCGAUGCUCGUUUGGCCGUCGAAUUCGAUCCGUCUUGGAAUCUCUCUCUUGAAAACAAAACGAGCACACCUUUCAUCGAGGAUGUCCCAGCUUCUCUGGAGUUUCUGCUCAGGUGGCUUUUCGGUCACAUAGGUAAUGAUGGGAGUCCGAAACUUAAGCUCAUUGUCCGGGACGUGGACUGGAUAUUGCGGCAUGAUAUUACUGGACCCCAGAUCCGCGAUUUUGAUGAAGAGUAUAUCGAAAUACCAGCUGACGAGCUGGUACCAUACAUACCUAGCGGCGGAGACACCACAUUCAUCGCCCGAGACAGCACCCUUUCAGAUUUCUUUGACCUUCUCGAUCAGGUGUAUUACGAGAAGUCGCUGGAUAUCUACUGCUAUGAGACUUUUCUGGACCCUUGUGAUUGGGAUUAUGAUAUUGGAACAUCAAGUCACAGGUUCGACAUCCGAGACAGUUUCUCCAUACUCCUUAGUAGAACCAAUCAAGUUGAAAGAUGA